AUGGAGCAAACUUUUUGCUCUGAUCCAGAACCUCAGGACACAGCCCUUUUCACCGAUAUCCCGACAGUCGAAUCCUUACUCAAGAAGGUCGAUCAGUUGCAAGAGUCGAUGGACUACGAUAUCCUGGAGCGACUUGAGGAGGAGAAUGAAUUGCUACAACAAAGUCUCACACGUGGGAGACAAAGGCUGUUGUCUGUCGCCAACGUGCUGAGAGAGGCGUAUGAAGGCUAUGUGGUCCUCCAUGCGUAUCUCCAGAAAUUCGAGCAGGAAGCAAAAGUAAUUGAUGCACAAUGGGCGGCAUUCACUCCAUUCAGCGCGAUUCAAAACGGCGGACCGGAGGACCGAAUUCGUGCGCUUAUCUCGGACAAGUAG